AUGUCGUUAGCCAGCACGUCAUUCUCGCAGUUUGAGGGGGCCAAGCCCCCCAUAUACCGCAAGCUUCAUGCGACAGGCCUCGCAAUAUCGCCCGCGCACGUACCGCACGAGAGCUGUGAUCUUUUCUGCUAUAGUAUUCUUCUCUGCUCUAUGGUACCUUGCUCCGUCCUCGGUGACAGCAUCACUUCACCAUUGACUGACAGAAGACCCGAUACUCAGAAAGCAUCCGAGCCCGACUACUGGAAAAAAUUUCCAUCUGACCACCCCUUUUCAAUACGCCCAGAAGAUGCGCAGGUCGCACUUCCGCCAAAGUUAGGCACUGCCGCGAACGAAAGCCUUCCCCACGAUCCCGAACAUGUUCACCCACAUCUCCAUCUCCUCGUCCCUACCACCGCGGGAACUCGAGGCGCUUGUCGUACCGUGACAUCUGCAAUGAUAUUGGGUUAUCCACCGCCGACAUUGAUCGGCUAUGGUCACCGAAAGCCCGGAGCGACGGAAUUAGAGCUCACUGUUGACCGGAUUACCCGCAUACGUGAUUAUUUAAAGAAUAAGCGGAUUGUCAAAGACCAUGACUUUGUCUUAAUUGUGGAUGCGCAGGAUACAUUCUUUCAAUUGCCGCCACGGGUCCUUGUGGAAAGGUUCCAAAACAUCGUGCGCGGAAACAAUGAAAGAUUCAAGAGGAAGUACGGCUACGCGGCGGUGGAAAAGCCCGACGGGUCCCGUCCCGAAUUGAUACAAAAGUACAGCCAGCGAGUUGUUUUUGGGGCCAGCAAACUAUGCUACCACGCUCUCAAAGACGAACCCGGAUGCGUCACCGUUCCAGAGUCGACUCUGCCGCCUGAUGUGUAUGGGUGGAAGACAGAUGCGCAUCCCGAUGGUCAUUUGAACCGGCCACGGUGGUUGAACCCCGGUGCCGUGAUUGGCCAGGCUGCAGAUUUGCGCAUUAUCUACGAUGAGGUACUUCGCCUGAUGGCUCAACGACAUACAUCCCAUAGCGACUACCAGGCGUUGACCCAGAUGUUUGGUCGCCAGGAAGUGAUCCGCGAGCUGGAGCGGCUGCGGACUGUCAACAAGGUCAAGGAAUGGGUCUAUAAACUGCUGGGAAUCUCCGAUGCCGUGGAGAUCGAGGGGAUCAGCGUUCGGCUCGAGGCCGGGCAUCGCUACGAGUACGGCAUCGGCGUGGAUUAUGAAUCGCAACUUUUCUUCAAUCAGAUUUUGUCACGGAACGACCUUGAGUGGAUUGAAUUCAGCAACAUAACCACUACGUCUCACUUACAGGGACAAUUCGGAGUUCCGCGGGAACAUCGUCUUCUCCUUCCAGAGGACAUUGCUGCACUGCCCAGUCCGUUUGACCAGACUAGCCCUUCAACCGAACGAAGCGCGGCCCCAUCUUUCAAUUCGACGCUGGACAAUCUUCCACACCCUGAACAGCACUCGUGGAGCAAUGUCUCUCUGGCCACGAACCCCCACUCGGCAUCUGUACCAGUUCUCCUGCAUCUCAACGGAGACCCCAAGCUGCGCAAUGGAUGGUGGGAGAAAAUGUGGUUCUUUCCUUCGGCACGGGCUCUUCUGCGGCGAUAUGUCCGCUCUGCUCAUGACUUUGACGCGGCUCAGUCCGCGCUCCUGGGCGGCCAGGAUUGGUGGGACAUGCGCGGUGGGCGAGGUGGCCUGUGGACCGACGAUGAGAAUUGGGUCACCAUAUCCGAGGUGUGUCAGGGCCAGGAGCGUGACUUGUUUGAUGACGAUCUCGGCCCAUGGGGUAAAGAAAACGGGGACCCAGACGCGCCUGUAUAUAAUCAGUUUGGGAACCUGAUCAAAGGUAAAGCGACAGAAGAAGAGGCUGCAAAGAAGAAGAAGGAGAAAGAAGAGGAGAGAGAGAAAAAUAACAAAAAAAAGGAGUAG